CACAAUUUCACGCAAUCGUCAAAAAACAAAGAAAAAAAUAGUGUAUCUGAGGGCGGUGCACCGUCAAUUUCAUCCCGAUUUCCGCACCGCGACAAUCGAUCUCUGUCGUUUGACAGUUUUCUUUUCUUUUUCUUCAACUAGACGACGUCGUAUUCUCUCCCCCUUCCUGCUCUUAACUUCCUCUCAUUAUGCAACAUUUUUGAGAGGGAGAGAAGAAGUGCGAGUUCUCCGUUCUUCUCACCACCGGACAUGGCGUUUUAUAAUCGGCGGCGCCACCACCACUACUACUACAACCGUUUCCGUUCGUUGCUUCCGUUAAUUUCCUUAUUUUCCGGGUUUCUUCUCGUUCUAUUUGGUCUUCUGUCUAUUUUCUCUCCGUCUCCGAACAUUUCGGAUAGUUUUCACCAUCCUCCCCGUGAAGAUACGUCUAUUGAUGUUGCUGAUGUUUCAACUGGAGAACAAGUUUUUCGCGUGCCGGUUAGGGUUUCAUUUCCUACAAGAAAAGGAGGGAGAUCGGAUCGAGAUAUUUGGACCUCAAGGAAUUCAAAAUUUUACUAUGGAUGCAGUAAUGCCAGCAAGAAUUUUCCAGAUGCUAGCAAAAUUACACACCGCGAUCGUUAUUUGCUUAUUGCUACAAGUGGAGGAUUGAAUCAACAAAGAACUGGGAUAACAGAUGCUGUUGUUGCUGCCCGAAUUCUGAAUGCCACUCUUGUUGUCCCAAAGCUAGACCAGAAAUCCUUUUGGAGGGAUGCGAGUAAUUUUGGCGAUAUAUUUGAUGUUUCCUGGUUCAUAUCUUCUUUAUCAAAUGAUGUCAAAAUUAUAAAUACCCUCCCAAAAAGGGGAGGAAAAACUUGGAUUACACGUAACAUGCGUGUCCCGAGGAAGUGUAGUGAGAGAUGUUAUCAUACUCGUGUUUUACCUGUUCUUCUGAAAAGGCAUGCAAUUCAGCUAACCAAGUUUGAUUAUAGACUUGCAAACAAGUUGGAUCCGCAACUACAAAAGUUGAGAUGUAGAGUUAACUACCAUGCUUUGAAGUUUACUGAUUCUAUACUAGAAAUGGGUAAGACAUUGGUCCACAGGAUGGGGAUGAAAAGCAAGCACUUCAUUGCCUUGCACCUGAGGUUUGAACCUGAUAUGCUGGCAUUCUCAGGAUGCUAUUAUGGUGGAGGUGCUCGGGAAAUGGAAGAUCUUGCCGCAAUACGGAAGAGGUGGAAAACUUUACAUAUGAGAAACCCUGAAAAGGAAAGGAGGCAUGGAAAAUGCCCUCUUACUCCAAAGGAAGUGGGUCUCAUGCUGAGAGCAUUGGGUUAUGGCAGUGACGUACAUAUUUAUGUGGCUUCUGGAGAAGUUUACCGAGGGGAAGAAUCGCUGGCUCCCUUAAAACAGCUCUUUCCAAACUUCUAUACUAAAGAGACCAUAGCCAGCAAAGAGGAGCUGGCACCAUUUUCUACAUUUUCUUCUCGAAUGGCUGCACUUGACUUUAUGGUGUGUGAUGAAAGUGACGUGUUUGUUACCAACAAUAAUGGUAAUAUGGCUAGAAUAUUAGCUGGACGUAGGAGAUACUUUGGUCAUAAACCUACAAUUCGUCCAAAUGCUAAAAAGCUUUACCGAUUAUUCUCGAAUGAAGGUAACGUGACAUGGGAUGUUUUUGCAUCUAAAGUUCGUUCUUAUCAGAGGGGGUUCAUGGGGGAGCCAAAGGAGGUUAGGCCAGGCAGGGGGGAGUUUCAUGAGAACCCACACACCUGCAUUUGUGAAGAUUCUGAGGCGAAGGUGAAGAAAGAUUCAGGGCCUAGAAAGUAUGGGAAAGGGCAUAAUGCAACUGUAGAAGAUAGCACAAAUGACGAAACGAAUGUUGACGACGAGCUAGAUUUGCCUGAUCCUGAUAAUGAUGGAGAUGGCCCUACAGAGGAUGAUCCAUUCGAUGGCGCUGGUUUGGAUUAUGAAGGGUUCAACUCUGAGGAACCUGAAUUGGAGGAACUUGUUUCAGAUUAACUGAUCUGCUUUUGUGCCUUGUUUUAUUGAAUCUCUCCAAGAUUCGAUUCCUAUGGUUUUUGAAAGCCUUCUGGUCAAGCUGCAUAUAUAACACUGCCGUGGGAGAAAAGCAUCCUCAUUAUGGGUUAACCGAGGCUUCUAUUUUGCAGUGGAAUCGAGAAAUUGAUAUAAGAUGGGAGAAGGAGAUGAUUAUGGAAUGGCAUUUUAUGGGUAAUUGCUGCUUGUGCUGCUGAGCUGAAAGCAGUAUUAAGCCAUUCCUUUGUAGAAGAAAAAAGAUUUACCGGCAGGGUAAAACAACAAAAAGGAAAUUAAGAAAAGAGAAAUGGCAACAAAUAUAUGACAGUGAAGAGUGAAGAUUACAAGAAUGACCGCAAAAUAUAUAAAUUCUCUAGAGAUGAGCUUUAUUACUGUGAAUAUUAAGUGUCAGUAACAUUAGAGGUCCUACUCAUUUUGUUCGAAAUGUUGUUUUUCCAAUUUCUUUUCUGUUUCAGGGGGGUUCUUACGUUUCACAUAAUGUUGUUAUUCCUCAGACCGUGGCUCUUCUUGACAUGUAACUUUUCAUGUAAAUAUUAUAUCAUUUCCGAUUCUUAAA